CAAUUUUACCCUUGCACCCAAUAUCCCUUUUAUCUCUCCAUUUACAAACCUAUUCGAUCGACUCUUUGGUUUCCUCCCUGCCGAAAAAAUCGAUCGACAACUCCCUCUGCAACUUCUCCUUGCGCAUCGCAGCCACGGCCGCCACCAACCAUAUCGCCUCACGCCGCCUUCGUCACUAUUGGAUUCAACACGCAUCAUCGCAGAUGUGGAUCCAGUCUUCAACUCUAAAUCUGCCAACAUCAUGUCAGUUUUAUUCCGCCUGAAAUGUCAUGAUAGUAGUGGGGCUGAAAUGUGUGGUGGUGGUGAUGGCGACGGACGACGCCGGUGUGGUAAGCGGCGGGGUAGGGGCGGCGAUGGGUGGUGAUGAUGCGUCGGCAAGGAUGCAGCAGCAUGCGGCGAUGGAGGCGACAGGCGUCACAUUCGCCGGCGAGGGCAGUGGCAGGCGGCGGCGUCUCCGGCGACGGCGGUGACAGGCGGCGGAGACUCCGGCGAGGGCAAAGUCAGGAUGCGCCGGCGGGAGGUUUGCCUCUGGCGGUGGUAGUGUUACUGCUAGGGCUCAAUAGUUUUUAAUUUUACAUUUUUAAAAUUUAAAAUAUUAAAAGGUGG